CAACAGCAACAGCCACAAUACGCCGCCGAGCAAAGACAGUCAAGCUUCGACUACCGCCCCAACCGCGACGGCGCCGGUCGCACAAACGGCGAGACGAAGAAUCUGCUUUCCGAGUACGCGCUUGUCGCGGAAGCGGCGAAACGCGCGCAGAUGGCAGUGCUGAUGCGGGAUUUGGAGGGUGUUGAGUUGUGA